UCUCGACGCCAUCUUCCUUCCGUCAGUUGGAUUGUUAGCUCCAGUUAACUCUAUUAGCAUCAGCUGUUGUUUUGCAGGACUUUCAAGCGUUAAGCUAAAAAAGCCAUGGGACGAAAGAAGAAAAAGCAAAUGAAACCUUGGUGUUGGUAUUGUAACAGGGAUUUUGAUGAUGAGAAGAUUCUCAUUCAACACCAGAAGGCCAAACAUUUUAAGUGCCACAUCUGUCACAAAAAGUUGUACACCGGACCUGGGCUCGCAAUCCACUGUAUGCAGGUACACAAAGAGACGAUUGAUGGAGUUCCCAAUGCAAUACCUGGAAGGACAGAUAUUGAAUUAGAAAUAUAUGGCAUGGAGGGUAUUCCAGAGAAAGACAUGGAGGAGAGAAGAAGGGUGCUGGAGCAGAAGAAUCAAGAGACCCUGAAGAAAAAGCAGAGCCAGGAUGACUCUGAUGAGUUUGAUGAAGAUGAUAAGCCUGGUCCCUCCUUCCAGGCGGGCUACACCCCCCCCAUGAUUCAACCCAGCAUGCCUCCUUGCUCUGGAGCUCCACUGAUGCCACCAGGCAGCUACUCAGGAAUCCCCCCAGUGAUGUCAGGUGUGCCACCAAUGAUGCCAGGAAUGCCUCCUAUAAUCCAUGGAAUGCCUCCAGGGAUGAUACCAAUGGGUGGAAUGAUGCCUCCAGGUUCAGGGAUACCUCCAAUGAUUCCAGGCAUCCCACCAGGCAUGCCUCCUCCAGUGAGUCACCGUCCAGGCAUCACGCACAUGGCCCAGGUUCCCCCUGCUGUGAACAUGCUAAGCAGACUUACUGCUCCUGCUGCCAUGACUCCCUCAGUCCAGCCUGAUGUCACCAAACCUCUGUUCCCUAGUGCUGGACAGAUGGGAUGUCGGGUUGCAAGUAAAAGUGCUGGUUCACCGAGUGCAGACUCAAAGUCUGCCUCUCCUAAAGCUCUGAUCUCUUUCACAACACAAAGUCAGCAGACAGAGUCAGGGUCUCUUCAUCCUCCCCCUUCUACUUCCUCUGACCUUGCAAAGCCCACAUUUCCUGCCUACACUCAGGUCACUGCAGCUGUGGUCAGCCCCAAUGCUGGCAGCAGUGCAGUCUCCAAACCUCCCUGUGCUAUGACCAGUAAGCCCGCCACCCUCACCACCACCAGUGCAACCAGUAAGUUGAUCCACCCAGAUGAGGAUUUGUCACUGGAAGAGUUGCGAGCUCAGUUGCCCAGGUAUCAGCGCUGUAUUCCCCAUCAAGGCCAAGUGACUGUUUCUUCUGCUCCAUCAGUGGGUCCCAUGGGGGGCUUGAUAUCUUCUCAGCAGCCUAUUAUGAGGCAUCCAAUACCAAGCCAGUAUGUUGGUCCACCACAGGGGAUGCCAGGCUAUAUACCAGGAGGAAUACCUCCGUACCGAUCGGCCGCCCCUGUGCUUCCCCCAGGUUACCAAGGAGUCCCUCAAAGGUCGCCCAUUGGAUAUAGACCCCCGGUCAUGUCUUCUGGAGGCCGCUUCUGAAGCCUGCCUUCCUCUCUACAAUAGGUUUGGACACUUAACCCUUUUCUAAUGUCCAGAAUUAGUAUUGUAGUACAAUACACUGUUAAUUCUUCUAAGGAAAGAGACACUGAAUAAACACCAAACAAAAGAGCUAUAAAAGCAUCACUGAGCGCAUGGGAAAAAUUUACUCUGCACUUAACCAAGAGUAUUAACUGUUGUUUCAAACCAUUUCUGUUCUGUGGUGUUUUUCCUUAUGUUUCAUUUAGGUGUGUAGAAGUGUAAUAGAUAUGGUUCGUAGUGUUGUGAAGGCGCUGGAGUUACAUGGGGAGUACCCACCCUUUAUCAAGGCAAGUUGUUUAUGUAAAAACCUUUCUGUUUUAUGCUCAUCAGUGAGGCCUUCACAGCACACAGUGCUGUUGGACUUUUUGUCCCCAACUUUGUUUGGUGAGGGCUUCAAGUGACUUAUGUAUUCAUUAUGUUCUGUGCUAAUAAUUUAAUGAAGACAAAGUAGUGGAACUAGUUCAUGUAUUGUUGUAAACUGUAUUGUAAUAAAAUGUGGGGGAAAAUAGACGACACAGCAGGUUUGUACUUCAGUAAUAAUCUACAGAGUCACUGUUUUUGUUGUCUUGAAGAUUGAACACUGAAAGCCAGUAGAAGAAGUACGUUUUCCUAUGUUUUCUUGUGACCAUAAGUGGUACAUUGAAUUUAUAUCACUGAUGCACUGUACAUGGCACUGGCAAACUGGCCCAUGAAAUGCUGAGUGCACUGUACAGCUGCAUGUCAUCCAGGUCACUAGUGGCUACAGUGCUAAAACCCAGAUUUCUCUUCUCCCUGUAGCAUUACCAUGGGGGACUGUCUGAGGCCCUGUCUCAGUGUAGCCCUGUUUCAGCCUGAGGCAAGUCUCAUAAUUUUUUGUCUUUUCAUUCAUUACCAGGGGCCCUCACAGCUUACAUGCUGUUGGAUCUAUAUGUCCCCAAACUUGCAGCAAGUUUGGUGAAGGCCCUUGUUUGUGUUGUUGCCUUUAAGUACCAUUUCCAUUGGACAUGUUUGCUCAUGUGGAUUAUAUCUUUUCUUAAGAGCUUACGAACCUGUUUAGACCUGGUAUUAACAUCCAUUCUGAGUAACAGAAACCACAUUCAGUAGUGGUUUUAGGAAGCAUGUGGUCUUGUGUCUGAGCUGCAUGGACGCAGUCUGUCCUCAGUAAGGAUGACAGCCACAGCUGCAAUAUUAACAUAUUGCAUAACAAUAACAUAACACAUUUUUUUUUUCCUAUGGUUAAAAAUAGAAAUUGACUAGUUUGAAUCCUUUUCCUUUUUUCUCUUUCUCUCACAAAACUAGUUUUUAUAUCUUAGUGAGGACACCAUAGACAAUGCAUUCCUUAGCCCCUUACACUAAUCUUAACAUCACAACUAAGUGCCUAACCCUUACCAAAAUCUCAACCCAAUUCUAAGGUCUUAAUCCUGAAAAAGCCCUUAAGGUUGUGGGGCCCAGACAAAAUGUCUCCACAAAGAUAGGUCUGCAUGUUUUUCU